AUGGCUCUGUCUCUCGUUGCCGUCGAAGACCAAACAACUAAUCUAGCUCCUCUUAGACUCGGCGGACGCCUGCUCUUCGCCAUCCCAAAGAAGGGCCGUCUGCAACAAGCAUGCUUCAACCUCCUUGAAGGUGCCGACAUCCAGUUCCGCCGCGAGAACCGCCUCGACAUCGCCCUCGUCAAGAACCUCCCCAUCGCCCUCGUCUUCCUCCCCGCCGCCGACAUCCCCACCUUUGUCGGCGAGGGCCAAGUCGACCUCGGCAUCACGGGCUUCGACCAGGUGCAGGAGCACGACGCCGGCGUGCGCUCCCUGACCCGCGCGCGGAGGGCCUCGGGCGAGUUCACCCCGGACCAGGUCGACGGCCGGCCCAAGGGCUGCGAGACGGUGCUCGACCUGGGCUUCGGCGGCUGCAAGCUGCAGGUGCAGGUGCCCCAGAAGGGCUCGUACCGCGAGGCCAAGGACCUGAUCGGCAAGAACAUCGGCACGAGCUUCGUCCACCUCGCCGCCGAGUACUUUGCCCGCCUCGAGGCGGAGCAGGACGGCCUCGAGGACGGCACCCUGACCCCGAGGAAACUGCGGACCAAGAUCAUCGAGCUGAGCGGUAGUGUCGAGGCAGCUUGCGCCCUGGGUGUCGCCGACGGCAUCGUCGACCUCGUCGAAUCGGGCGAGACCAUGCGCGCCGCCGGCCUCAUGGCCAUCGACACCGUCGUCGACACGACGGCCAUCCUCAUCAAGUCCAAGAGGCCCAGCAACCCGGAGCUCGUCGAGCUCAUCGCCGCCCGCAUCCGCGGCGUCAUCACCGCUCAGCGCUACGUCCUGUGCCAGUACAACGUCGAGCGGUCACGCCUCGCCGAGGCCUCGGCCAUCACCCCCGGCAAGCGCGCCCCCACCAUCACCGCGCUCGAGGAGAACGGCUGGGUCGCCGUCAGCUCCAUGGUGGAGAAGAAGAAGAUCGCCCUGGCUAUGGACGAGCUCACAAAGGUCGGCGCCACCGACAUCUUGGUGCUGGAUAUCCACAACAGCAGGACCAGCUGA